UAAAGGCUAAAGGCUGGGUUUUUUUUUUCCCCUGGGAUUUAUUCCAUGGGGAUGUGUUCAAGACAAGAGAGGAUUCAGAAGGAUAUUGACGUUGUGAUCCAAAAGUGCAAGGCGGAGAAGGACUGCCUGUUUGCAGAUUUCAGGUACUCAGACUCCACCUUUACCUUCACCUAUAUAGGAGGCUCCAAAAGUGUGUCCUACUCGGUUCACGUCUCUGAGGAUUACCCAGACAACACAUAUGUUUCCAGUUCUGAUAAUGAUGAAGAUGUGUUAGUUACAACAGAGCCAAUUCCAGUAAUUUUCCACCAAAUUGCUACAGAAUUAAGAAAAACCAGUGAUGUCAACUAUUGCUUAUCCAUAAAAUCAAAAUUACAGAGAGAGAAUGGAGAGGAGUCUCGGCACAACAGCACAGUUGAAGAAGACUCUGAAGGGGAUAAUGAUUCAGAAGAAUUUUAUUACGGAGGACAGGUUAGCUAUGAUGGAGAACUUCACAAGCACCCACAGCUGGAGGCUGAUUUGACAGCAGUGAGAGAGAUCUAUGGACAUAAUGCAGUAUCUCUCAGGGAAUAUGGAGCCAUUGAUGAUGUAGAUAUUGAUCUGCAUAUUGAUGUUAGCUUUCUUGAUGAAGAGAUUGCUGUGGCUUGGGAUGUAGUUCGCACAGAGCCUAUAAUAGUGCGAUUGCACUGUUCGCUUACACAGUACUUAAAUGGCCCAGUGCCAACUGUGGAUGUAUUUCAGAUCUCUACUAAAGAAAGAUUUGGGCUGGGACAUCAACUGAAAAAAAUCAUGCAGACAUUUGUUACACAACAGUGGAAGAACUGCAAAGAGAAAUCUAAUUGUACGCACAAUAAGAAGAUUUCUGACAAAAAGGUGAAAUCCCCUCUGCACAUCUUUUCUACAUUGCGCAGGUCGCCAAGUUAUCCUCCACCUGGCUGUGGUAAAAAUAAAUCAAAACUGAAGUCAGAACAGGAUGGCAUCUCCAAAACUCACAAGCUACUGAGAAGGACUUGCUCUAGCACAGUGAAGGCGGAGGAUAUGUGUGCCACAAAAUCUCACAGAACCUUUGGCCGCUCAUUGUCGAGUGACCCUAGGACUGAACAGACUAUUAAGUCGCACAAACUGUUGAAUCGUUCUUGCUCUGCAGCUGUCAAGCAGGAGGAGUGCAUCACUUUAAAGUCCCAUAAGCUGUUAAGUAGGUCGUGUUCUGGGGAUCCUCGAUGUGAGCACAACAGCACCUUGAAGCCCCACAAACUUUUAAGCAGGUCAUACUCCAGUAAUCUUAGAAUGGAAGAACUGGAUGGACUGAAGAAUCACAAGUUACUCAGCAAGACAUACUCCAAUGCCCCUAAAUCAUCCAAAAUGGAGCCUUUCAAGGAGUCCACCAUAGCAGAGAGCAGGAGGCUCUCUCUUACCUCAGGGCUUAUUGGUAUCUUAACACCAUCUUCAUCAUCACCUUCACAAGCUGCUCAAAAUUAUGGUGGAAGAUGCAUUCCAGUACGAGACCGAGGCUUUCUUGUGCAGACUAUUGAAUUUGCUGAGCAGCGGAUACCAGUAUUGAAUGAAUACUGUGUGGUUUGUGAUGAACCCCAUGUGUUCCAGAAUGGCCCUAUGCUGAGGCCCACUGUUUGUGAACGAGAGCUGUGUGUAUUUGCUUUCCAAACAUUAGGAGUGAUGAACGAAGCUGCUGAUGAAAUUGCAACCGGCGCUCAGGUGGUUGAUCUGUUAGUAUCCAUGUGUCGGUCUGCAUUAGAGUCACCUAGGAAAGUCGUCAUUUUUGAGCCAUAUCCUUCUGUAGUUGAUCCUAAUGAUCCUCAGAUGCUGGCCUUUAACCCUAGGAAGAAGAAUUACGACCGAGUCAUGAAAGCACUGGACAGUAUCACUUCUAUUAGAGAGAUGACACAGGCACCUUACUUGGAAAUAAAGAAGCAGAUGGAUAAACAAGACCCUCUUGCACAUCCUCUUCUACAAUGGGUUAUUUCUAGUAAUAGAUCACAUAUUGUGAAGCUACCGGUGAACAGGCAACUAAAGUUUAUGCACACUCCCCACCAGUUCCUGCUUCUCAGCAGUCCACCAGCCAAAGAAUCAAAUUUCCGAGCUGCUAAAAAUCUCUACGGAAGUACCUUUGCGUUUCAUGGUUCACACAUUGAAAAUUGGCAUUCCAUCCUGAGGAACGGCUUAGUUGUUGCUUCCAAUACGAGGCUGCAGCUCCAUGGUGCAAUGUUUGGAAGUGGAAUCUACCUUAGUCCAUUAUCAAGCAUAUCAUUUGGUUACUCAGGGAUGAACAAGAAGCAGCAGAAGGUGUCAGCUAAAGAUGAACCAGCUUCAGGCAGUAAGGGCAGUAAUACAUCACAGUCACAGAAGAAAGGACAACAGUCACAAUUUUUGCAAAGCCGUAACUUAAAAUGCAUAGCCUUAUGUGAAGUGAUAACCUCAUCCGAUCUGCACAAACAUGGGGAGAUAUGGGUAGUUCCCAAUACAGACCACGUGUGUACAAGAUUUUUCUUUGUUUAUGAAGAUGGUCAAGUGGGUGAUACAAGUAUAAAUACACAGGAGCCAAGCAUUCAUAAAGAGAUUCUUCGAGUCAUUGGCAAUCAAACUGCUACUGGUUAAAAGGACCAGUCUUAUUUAAUUGGUGUGAUUUGGAAGCCUUCCUCAGUCUCAAAGCUGGAUUUUGAACUGAAGAAGACACAAAAAACAAAUUUAUUAUUAUGAUUAUUCUAAGCAAAUUAACCCUUUGAAUACUUAAUGUUUUCUUACUUAGUAUUUCUUAUCUCAUCAAAAUACCUGAGAUGGUAUGAAUUAGCAACUGAAGGGGUGCACAGUCUAUUAAUAUACUACAUCUAAUAAUACUUAAACAGGCAUUUGGGUUGCUCACAAUAAACAGACUUUAAAAAGGAGUUUUGUCCUGAUAUUUUUAUAUUAAACUUCAGUUCGAGGUUUUAGUACUGCAUACUGGUAUUUUAAAUUUAGAAUGAAUGAAAUGCAAAUGAGAGAGAAGAUUUUAUAGCAGAGUACCUGUAUUAUACAGGAUACUCUGUAAUAAGAAAAAUACUCUCAUAUUAAAACACAAUAAAAGGUUGUCUGAAACAUGUCAAAUUAAAAGAGAUUCAUUACUUGCAGUUAUCUUUGUUUCAUUUUCUUUUACACAAAUGCAGCUAGGACUUAGAAUCAAAGGCUGAAACAACAAUAUUAAUGAGUGAAACAAAGCAAAAAGUAAGGAAUGUGAAAGUAUACAUUUAGUUUUAUCUUCACUAGAAACACUGUCUUAUCCAUUAGAUGGCUCUGUCGCGUUUUUUAAUUACUCAAGCCUAGCAGACAUCUGGAAAUCCUGAAGCUGUUAACUUCCUUUUUGAAAAUUGGUUUUUUAUAUACCAGUUUUUUAGGUCAGCAAGGAUUGUUAAUGUUUUCAUCUUAGCUUCAGUGGAACUGUUCUGUGAUUAAAUUUAACCACAUAUUUAAAAGUAGAUGCUGAAUUAAGGCUUUUACAUGAUUGAGUUGAUUGUUGGUACAGCAAAAAAUGCAAACAAAUGCAAAAAUUUACUGAUUUUCUCUUGGUGAAAUAUCUUCAUUAAUUUAUUCCCAAGGGAAAACAAACCAAUUCAAAUCUCUGUCCUUCACAUAAACAACUCUUAUUUUCCAAGGGACCAUGAUGGCAACACAGGUAGGGUCCAGUCUCCAGGGCAUGAAGCAUAGUGUGCGCCCUGAUGAGUCCCCUUGGCAGCCCUCAAAGUAGCUAUCUUGAAGCAUCAGGAUAUAGGAAGCACUUCAACUUACCUAUCUAUUACCAACUAUUACAAGCCACCUCAAGAAGCAAAAAUAGACUGAGUCCUCUACUACAUUAUAUUCAUAAUAAAGAUACUGAAGUAUCUUUACAAUAGUGGUUCAACAGAGCACAGACAUGUUUGCUUCUUUUAAGCAGAACUACAUUAGAUAUGCUGUAAUGGAUGAUUCGUUCUUUCUAUUUAAAGCUACACUGCCUUCUUACUUGCUGCAACUGAAGUGCCCUACAAGUGAAAUAGUGAGCCUAGGAGCACAUACUUGGAGAUGUGUUUUAGCUUUCCAGAUUUAUCUGCUGCUGCUCAGAAAAACUUCAGUUUUUCUAAGUUCACAACCAGAUUUGUAAAGCCAAUGCUGUUUGCAAAUCUCUGUUUUGCUAUUAAAUUUCUCUUGGCUUUCGACCCAACUUGGUGGACCCCUAGUUUGAGAAUUGAGCUUUUGUGCUGGGACACAGGUUAACUUCUUGACACAAAAGGGAUUCCUGAAAUUUGUCUAUGUAAGAAGUGGCUUAGGUUGUGUAACUGCACAAAAUCAGCAUAAUUUAGAAGUGGAGCUGAAACUCUGGAAUUACCAUCUCUCAAUAAUUUGUCCUGCUACAUGUGUCUGAAUAACUAUGUUUUGCAUAACAAAAAGAAACUAGGAAGCAAAUCCAUAAAGAUAGCCUACACUGACAUGCUGAGCAAAUAGUCCACCACUCUGGGAGGCCUCCUUAAGAAAACUAGGAGAAAAGGAAGGUGACCACAAGUGAACUGAAGAAUCCAGUAAGCAGUCAAUUUCCUGCCCCUCAAGCUGCAGCAGGGGUACAAGUGAACACCUUGAAGGAAGAAACCUAGAAUGUAGAUAUGGCAGUGAGUCAGACUUGGUUUGCAUGGUGGGGUCAUGAUACUGGCUAUGCAUGGUACCAUCCUAAGGUGAGCCACUGGAAAGGGGAGGGAAAGUACAUCUCUGUCAAAUUUUAAGACUGCUCAGCGGUUUGUUUAAAAUGGAUGAUUAGGAGAAAGGGGCAGUGUGGAGGGAAGCAGGGUUCUGAGGUAUAUGGGAGCCUGUUUGUUGUAAGGCGCCCACUUCGUGGAGUACUAAGGCUUACAUAUGGGAGAGAAGGAGAGUGGCCAAGAGUAAAAGGCAGAAUGCGACAAGCACAGGCAUUACAAAACAGUGGGUGAGGGCAAAACUUUUCAGCAAGAAAGGUAGUUCUGAGGGGACGAGUGGUUUGGUAGGAAAGAAAAAAGAAAUGAGGAGCCACUGAAUUAGUCUCAGGUGGUAUUAGCAGAUCUGAACAUGGCAAGAAAAGGGACUGGAAGAGUGCAGCUGCAGUGUGGGGAAACAGCCCACGGAGGUAGAGGGCAGCACCAUGACCAGGGACAGACGGGCCACCUGAGAAGGUGUCAGCUCUAGGGAACAGUGCAAGGACACCAGCUUCAUGUCACACACAAACAGCAAUUGAAUUAAAACAAAAUUAACUUGCUAUGCAGCAACUCAGUCACAUUUUUCUUAAGCCAAUAUAUUAACAAAAAACCUUCUAAGCUAUUAUAUUAUCUGCAGGUGACAUGAGAUCAUUUAACAAAGUAGUAGCUCUCAUCAUGUUUAAAAGAUGAGGGGAAAGAUGGUGGUUCUUUGGGUGUCUGUUACUUAAAAAUAAAUAACCCUUAUGUAGCAAACUUAAAAGCUGAAACUGACUUUAUCACUAAGAAUUGGAAUUUAAAAGCCUGAGGGUGAGAUUUUCUUUGAAGGGUUUUUCCCCCAUGAUUUUAUCAAAGGGUAGAAUUUGCAUACUGCCAAAUUCUUCCUAAUACCUACAUUCACGUGACUUCCAGGGGAUGAAAAAUAAGAAGUCAGGGCCAUCUGAGCAAGAACCCUGUGUUAUUCUCAAAGCCCUUGCAUUUCCCUUCUUCACAUCAGGCACACAAAUUGGUGAUAGACAGUCUUUAUAACUCCUGCUGUAAAGAUGUAGGUUUUUCAUAUAUACCUUUUAAUCAAAGAAAAUAGAGCCCCAGACUCUACUAUCUCUAUUGGUACUAUCUCUCUUGGUAGGAAUCUCGAUGAAGCCAUGGCUAUCUAACUGUGACAAGGCCCAGCACAGAGCAACCAAAGGAAUUCUUGAGAAAGAAGUUUCAAACUUUGUCCUACAUCCCACAACAAAGUACAAGCCCUCAAAAGGGGAAGGUUUGACAGAGAAAUUAUGGUAAUACCUUAAUCUUGCACCCUAAUUAUGAGUUGCUAUAUUUAUACUUAAAACAUGGAGAAAUUAAUUUUUAAAAAAGAUGCUUUUAAACAUUUCUUGAGAUUCAGGCAGAUAUUUAGCAUUCAAGGGGUUAAGCACUUUGAGUUAUCUUCUGUGAUUUGAAUCAGCAUAGCUCUGUUUUCUUCAGCAGUGCUAUAGUUUUAAUAACCUCAGUCUUUGGCUCUUUAUUACUUAUCGUUAAGUGGCCAGUUUGUGUAACAUUCUGCUUAAUAUUUUACAGGAAUUAGUCAAUAACACCAGAACUGUUUAUGCUUGUAUUUUUCCUCUAAAGCCCUUGAAAAACUGUUACUGAUGCUGUAUAAUUUUAAUAUUAUAGCUAUUGGUAUUAAAAAUGCAUCUCAUGAAUAAUGCUAAGAUUAUACUUUUGUUAAUAUAAGUAUAAAAUCACUCCAAAUGAAGACUUUGUGCUUAGAUCAAUUAUACUUUGCUUAUAAAAAACUUCUGUGGAAGCAAUUAGCAUAUUUCCAACAUGGAUGAGUAUGAAAUGCAAAAAAAGACAGACAACUGAAUGAAGAGAUUUAUGAUUAAAAAAAACCACAACUAAAAACCAAACAAACAAAACCCACAAAAAAUAUUUUUAAAAACACACAAAGAAAAAACCUGAACAAAUACAAAAUCAUGAUCUAGCUACUUAAGCUUUAUAUUAAUUUAGAUGGUUUUCUUCUUGGCUGUAGAAGAUCUAAGUCAGAUACAAAGAAUUCUGACCAUGACUGAGAGAGACGUUACGCUAUGUAAUCUUAGCAUUUUCACAACAAAUCGGUUUGGGGCCUGAUCUCCCAUUGUGCUGAGCACCUGUCAAGGUGCUGAGGGUCACACCCUUGAACAAAUGUGGUUGAUUUUUGUACUAUUCACUUGCUCUCAUGGUAAGGUUUUCUGAAACCACUGAGGCAAAGGGCUGUUGCAAUGGGGUCAGCAUGCAAAUGCCCACGCACGGCCUGGCCUGUAAGCCCAGCUGGGAGUUAGCAGGACUCAGCUUCUCCUUGGCUGCAUGAUGGUGGGACAGAAGCCAUGGUGGCAAGGUGGAAAAAGGCUGGGAGGGCUCCAGCAGAUGGACUCCAGCCUUGCCAUGCAUGGCCCCUUUGCUGUCUGCCGGGGCUGCGGGCAUUCUUCUGGCAGCACCGCAGCAGUCCGGCUGGUGCUGGCCACGCAGCCACUUGUCUCUUGGAGCGUGCAGGGGCCUGCGGCGCUUCGUUUGCCAAACCAAGGCAUUAAUCUGGUGUCCCACACAAUGUCUUCAUUACAAAUGCUACCUCAAGGUGAAAGACUAGCCUGUUCGCUAAACUGAGCAAGGUCUGUUGUUUGGAGAGCUUUUAAGAUAGGUGUAGCACUGAAAGUUGUUCAGAAGGGAUCUUGAGUCUAGUCAGCCAGAGCUGUGAUAAUACUUAAAUUUAUUCCUUAAAUCACUCAGUAGUGGAGGGACACCUGUGCUUCAGAAGGGGAUAUAUUAAUACUAGAACUUUUAUUCAAAGCACAGCAGUGUUCUUCAUGGACGAUAUAGUAUAAAAUGCCCAAGAAUGUUGCCAGUAGUUUGAGUUUCCGGAUUUGGUUUUGGAAAUGCCAGAUCUGAAAGCGCUGACCUCCUCUGUCCUUCCCGGGUGGCAGUUUCCUAACCCUGCUCACCGACUGGAGCAGCCGCCACUGGCAAGAGCAGGUGGGAUAAAACACCUUGAGCUGCUGUUUUGUAUUUUGUUUGCGUGCUCCUGCCAAGUUUCAGUCCACUGCAGAAUGGCUACGAUGUAAAUUACUACCCAUUACACUUUGAGUUGGGAUUUUGUAUACAUACUAGGUAUAAGACUUCUAUAAGGAAAAAAAAAUAAAAAAAAUAAAGUAGUUUUUAGAUUAACAUAUCUAGUGUGUGAAAAACCUGUGGAAGAAUAGAUUACAUUAAACAUUUACCAGCAAGUCAGUAAAAUAAUCCUUAUACAGACAUUCAAUAUAAUUUAAUGUUCUAAAAAUAAUUUUAUAAUUUACCCAGUAUGUAUUGUAUCUUUGAAUUUUAAGAAGCAGCCACUCCUUUAUGUAAACAUAAAAUAUGCCUAUGUUUCUUUUAACUCUACAGCCUUUUUUUCUCUGAAUAAAUUUAUAAAUUCUGUGCACAAAAUAGUACUGCAGCCUGCUCUUUAGCCUAUGGUGCCUUAGAGUUACUACAAAUAUUUAACAAAAUGUACAUAAUGUAAAUACUGCCAGAAGAUCACUAAGGCCAAAUAUUUUCUCUAUUCACUUUUUACUGCACUUGCUUUCUAUUGCUAUUUAAGCCUCUUUUAUCCAGCUUUGUAACAGUUACAACAUUGUAGCCAAUGUAAAUGUUUACUUUCAAUA